AUGAGAGGCGUGGUGGUGCUGGGUCCGCGGGGCGUGCUGACAGUGGCCGCGGUGCUCCUCCUGCAGAGCGGGAUCAUUGGCUACCUCCUCUACCGGAGCGCCUCUGGGCUGGACGACUGCACGGACCUGCCGGGCCUCGGCCGGCCCCUGCCCCUCGCCUUCCUCCCUCCACAGCAGCAGCCGCCACCACUCGGCGACCCCGACGACGGCCGCGGCCCGCGGGACGCGCCGCCCCCCACUUUCGAAAAAAAGCCGGUGGUGAUGGGCAUGGCGACGGGCUACCGAUGGGACGCCCUCCGCAACUUCGUGAUAUCCCUCCGCUACACGAACUUUGCCGGCGAUGUCGUGCUGUUCGUCUCGCAGGAGGCCCAAUCCGACGACGACCUCAUGCAGCGAUUACGAUUCUACAAUGUGACAACGGUGGUCGUGAGUUCGAAGUUCCCCUACUUCGAGAAGGGCUCACUGCCGCACCUGAUGGUCGAGCGCCUGCUGUUCCCGCCCAUGCCGGAGCUAAAAGCCAUGAAUCGGAGAUUCCACAUCAUGCAGCUGUGGCUGACGGCCUACGGGAGCUUCUAUGACUAUGUGCUGAUCACGGACACGAGAGACGUGGUCUUCCAGAAGGAUCCCUUCGACUGGGCGCACCCCAAUAAUCUGUUCGGGGACGACGUUUGGGAGCACGGAGCAGAUGCUGUGCGGGAGGCGGGGGAGACGGUGGACCGGGACAUCUUCGAUCAGGCGGUCCACAUGUACAUCGUCUACCGGCUCGACUGGCACGACCGGCUCGUGCGCCUCGAAAACGCUCGCAGCCCCGUGCUCACCGUCGGCAGCUUCGGCGAAUUCAAGACUCAGUCCCCAGUGCUGAACGACGAUGGGCUGGUGGCCAACGUGCUGCACCAGUACGACAGGUACACCGAGCUUGUGCAGACGUUCGAUACCCGCCUGCGCUUCCUCGAGCGGCAAAGCUUCAACUUCCACGUCCCCCUCACCGCCGUCCAGGUCCGAAGCUGA